AUGCCGAGCAUGGCCUUGUUGGGUAUAUUCUGUGGUUCGAUUCUCUUGUUCUUUACAGAAACCAAACACCUCAUAUAUAAUCUUUACUUCGUUUUGGUUUCUCUCUUUCAUAUUCGCCAAGCGUUUUUUUGUUUUUUUCUUAUCAAGCUGCAAUUCUAAGUGUCCUAUUGAGCUUGAUGCGUGUUGAUGGGCGUUUGUGAAUGGCUGCUGGAACUGCUUUGUGUUCAUGCUACUGAUGGUGAUGAUUUUAGUGGUUUAGCAGUUUUUUAAUUCAAGUUUGUAUUUAGAUGGAAAUCUCUUUUUGAUGCUCUUGAUUCUUAAACUGGAAAAUCAGUUAGCAUGGACUAGAAAGAUUCUAUUCCAUGGGCCAGGUGCUUUGUUUGUCAGGUGGUAACUUGUUAUAAGGGACUUCGGAUCUGGCUCUUGACAUUAAUUGGGCAAAACAGAUUUAAUGUUAAGCUGCAUUUGGAAGCCCUGAGCUACAAGCAAUAAAUUUCUGUGAGUUAAGAAGAAUUGUUUAGGUCAUUUGACAAUGGAGGUCCUGGUUUCACCACAAGGACAAAAAUAUAAUUUGCAAACAGCUGCUCAGAAAUUUUCAUCUGGUGGUUCACAGAAGGAUCUGUGGCAUGUCGUGCGAGAAGGAUCAUUGGCUGAUGUGGAUUUGGCAUUGGCACUGCAUAAGAAGAAUGGAGGAAAUAUUAAUGCAAGAAAUGUGUUUGGCCUGACUCCUCUUCAUAUUGCAACUUGGAGAAACCACAUUCCUAUUGUUAAGAGGCUUCUUGUAGCUGGCGCUGACCCUGAUGCUAGGGAUGGAGAAUCAGGAUGGAGUAGCCUUCACAGGGCUUUGCAUUUUGGUCAUCUUGCAGUUGCAAGUAUCCUCCUUCAGUCUGGUGCUUCCACUACAUUGGAGGACUGUAAGUCCCGUACACCAGUCGAUCUCCUGUCUGGCCCUGUAUUGCAGGUCAUCAGAGAUGGUUAUAAUUCAGUGGCUACCGAGGUGUUUAGUUGGGGAAGUGGUGCCAAUUAUCAACUUGGAACUGGAAAUACUCACAUACAAAAGCUACCUUGUAAAGUUGAUGCACUUCAUGGCUCUUUUGUUAAAUUAGUCUCUGCUGCUAAGUUUCAUAGUGCAGCAGUUAGUGCCAGUGGAGAAGUCUACACAUGGGGAUUUGGAAGAGGGGGCCGCCUUGGGCAUCCUGAAUUUGAUAUCCACAGUGGCCAAGCUGCAGUUAUCACUCCCCGUCAGGUGACUUCUGGUUUAGGAUCCCGCCGGGUGAAGGCAAUUGCAGCUGCUAAACACCACACUGUUCUUGCUACGGAGGGUGGGGAAGUUUUUACCUGGGGUUCCAAUAGAGAGGGUCAGCUUGGGUACACUGUGGACACUCAACCCACUCCUCGUAGGGUAAGUUCCCUUAGGUCAAGGAUUGUUGCUGUUGCUGCAGCAAACAAACACACUGCUGUAGUGUCUGAUUCCGGUGAAGUUUUCACUUGGGGUUGCAAUAGAGAGGGUCAACUUGGGUAUGGAACCUCUAACUCAGCAUCCAAUUACACUCCAAGAGCUGUCGAGUACUUGAAAGGCAAAGUUUUGACAGGAGUUUCAGUGGCAAAAUACCACACUAUUGUAUUGGGGGCUGGUGGAGAGGUUUAUACUUGGGGUCACCGACUGGUUACACCAAGACGUGUUGUGAUUGCUAGAAAUUUAAAGAAAAGUGGGAAUACCCCUUGGAAAUCUCAUCGCUUGGAACGACUUCAUGUGGCUGCUAUUGCUGCUGGGAUGGUGCAUAGCUUGGCUCUAACAGAUGAUGGCACAUUAUUUUAUUGGGCAUCUGCAGAUCCUGAUCUUCGAUGCCAACAGCUGUAUUCAUUGUGUGGAAACAAUAUCGUUAGCAUUUCCACAGGAAAGUAUUGGGCUGCUGUAGUUACAGCUACAGGCGAUGUUUACAUGUGGGAUGGAAAAAAGGGAAAGGAUGAGCCACCAGCUGUCACUCGAUUACAUGGUGUGAAAAAGGCCACGUCAGUUUCAGUUGGGGAAACACAUUUAUUGAUUGUUGGUUCCCUCUAUCACCCUAUCUAUCCAUCCAGUGAUGACAAGAGUCCUCAAACACAGAUGGUGCAAGUUAGGGAUGAAAUAGAGGAGCUUGAAGAAGAUUGUAUGUUUAAUGAUGCAGAGUCUAAUCAUAUGUCAUCCGUUGUAGAGAAGGAUGAUUCUGGCCAAAAGUCCAUACCAAGCUUAAAAGCUCUUUGUGAAAAAGCAGCUGCAGAAAGUCUGGUUGAGCCACGAAAUGUCAUACAAAUGCUUGAAAUUGCCGAUUCACUUGGAGCAGAAGAUCUGAGGAAGCAUUGUGAGGAUAUUGCCAUUCACAACCUUGAUUAUAUUUUAACAGUCUCAUCACAUGCUUUUGGUAGUGCCUCACCUGAAAUUCUUGCUAAUCUUGAAAAUCUGUUAGACCAAAGGUCAUCUGAACCUUGGAGCUAUCGUAGUCUUCCAACUCCAACAGCUACUCUUCCUGUCAUUAUCAAUAUUGAGGAAGAUGGUGAAAGCGAGGUUUCAAGGACUCGUGACAAUUACAGUGACAAAUCCACCCCAAGGAGUGUAAUAGAUCAACAAUUAAAUUCCUUCCUACAACCCAAAGAUGAUCCUAUUUCCAAACAAGUUCGGGCUUUACGAAAGAAGUUGCAGCAGAUUGAGAUGCUUGAGACAAAGCAAUCUAAGGGGCAUAUUCUUGACGAUCAACAAAUUGCAAAACUUCAGACAAGAUCAAUUCUUGAAAGUUCACUGGCUGAACUUGGUGCUCCAGUUGAAACAGCACUGGUAAAAGCAUCAUCUUCAGUAUCACCAGAUGAGAAGGGGAGCAAAAAAUCUGAGGUAUCAAGAAAACAAAGAAGAAAGAGCAAACAACAGCCAGAACAAAGGGAAAUGCCAUCUGCUUUUACUAGCACUGAUGCAGAAUCCAGUUCUGUAAAGAAUUUCAUGGAUGUUGAGGUCUUGCAAUUUCCCACAAAUAAGGAGGAAGAGACCACGUUUGGUGGUAGUGUGGUGAACCAAACUUCUAAAGAGAUCGGAUUCUUUGUUCAGAAGAAAUCAGGUUCAGACUUGCCAAAAAAUAAGAUUUCAUCUCCAGCAGUAUCCAAGAAAAAGAACCGCAAGGGUGGGCUUUCCAUGUUCUUGAGUGGUGCCCUGGAUGAGGUCCCCAAAGAUGCUGCUCCCCCUCCACCAACACCCAGAAGUGAGGGUCCUGCAUGGGGUGGGGCUAAGGUUUCAAAGGAAUCUGCUUCACUUCGUCAAAUACAGGAUGAACAGAGCAAAACCAAAUUGAAUAUACCAACUAGGAACAAAGAUCAGGUGGAAGAUCAUUUUGAUAGAAGUGAUGGAAAAGUUUUGUUGAGCUCACUUAUGCCUUCCAAACCAAUUCCUCUGGUGUCAGUACCAGCAUCACAGGCAUCUGAUGCAGAAAUAAACACACCCUCAUGGGCUUCCGGGACUCCUCCACUUCUUUCUCGACCAUCACUUAGAGACAUCCAAAUGCAGCAGGGAAAGCGACAUCAAAGUAUAUCCCAUAGUCCAAAGAUGAGAACACAUGGAUUCUCAGUUUCCACGGGUCAGGGCUCGCCAUCAGAUUCUCCAGGAAUGAACCGCUGGUUCAAACCUGAGGUUGACACUCCCUCAUCGAUCCGUUCGAUUCAGAUCGAGGAAAAGGCUAUGAAGGACCUGAAGCGCUUCUACAGUAGUGUUAAGAUUGUCAAGAACCCAUCUUAAGAUGGCUGUAUGAUUUAACUUCAGUACUUGGCAACAUGGGCGCUUCGUUGCUCUUGUUUUCAGUUAAAUGCACUGCCUGAUUUCACUGUACAGAGGUUACAUUGUACAUUCUGUUGUUCUAGUUUUUAGAGUAGUUUUCA